AUGCAUUUUUAUAAAAGAAUAAAACAUUAUAGAAAUAUUUUAAUCAAAUGUAAUAUAUCUAAUCAUAAUAUAAUAUAUGGGGGAUAUGACACGUGUCCCCUUAAAGAGAUAUAUACGAAUUACCACGUCUAUAAAAGUUAUAUACAUACAAAAGAGAAUAUUAUAAAAGUAGAAGCAAAAGAAAAUGUUGAUAUAGAUAAUAUAAAUAAUAAAGAUGAUAUAUUUUAUAAUAAUGAUCACAAAAUUGAUGAUGAUAAAAUAAAAAAGAUACAAUGUCAAAAGAAUUGCACCAUAUAUCAUGAUAUAGAAAAAAACUCUUAUGUUGACAUUGAUGAUUUUGUUAAUAUAAAUGAUGCAAAGAAUAAAAUAGAAAAUUUACUUUUAUACAGUAAAAAGUUAUAUAAUAAAAAGUAUUGUCAUAAUAAAUUACUUAAUAAUAAACAAAUCACGUUAAAUAAUAUAGUUUUGAAUAUACUUUCUAUAAUAAAUGGAAAAAAUAAUAAUAAUAAUAUUAAAGAUAUUUAUAUAGAUAAAGUCCUUCUUUUGGAUUUUUAUACUCUAUUAAUUAAAAGAAAAUAUUAUAUACAUAAUUUAAGAAAUAAUAUUUAUGACAAUUCUUUUAUGAAUAUUUUUGAUUAUAUUCAUUAUAACAUUAAUUUACAUUUAAAAAAUUAUAACUUGAAAAAUACUCAUCAAGUUCUACAUAAUAUAUCCAUAUAUAUACACAAAAAUAAAUGUAAUAAUAUCACACAUGAACUUGUUACCAAUAUAUUCUUCUUUUCAUUUUUUAAAAACUUUAAUAAGUUUUAUACAAAAAAAGAAGGAAAGGAUAAAAAUGAAAGUCACGAAAAUUUUCCUAAUUAUGUUAAUCAAAAAAAUCACAAUGAUUUAAAUAUAAAAAUAACAAAUAAUUUUCAUUGUACAAUGUAUCAAACAAAUUAUUAUAAAUAUAAAAGCUUUGAUGAAGAAACUUUUAAAUAUUUAAAUACAUAUGUUGUCUUUUUAUCUAAUCAUCCUUCUUUUAUUAACGAUAAAUUAUUGUAUAAUAUUUCCCUCUUAACAAAUAAAAUAUUACAACUUAAAAUAAACUUUAAUUUAGCACUAUCAUUCCUUUCAGCUAGCUUAAAUAUAUUUGACAAACGAGAAAAAAAAAUAAAAGAAGGGCACCUUAUUUUGAACAUAUAUAAAAAAAAAACGAAUUAUGAUAUUUUGUAUUCUUUAAUAAAGCAACACAAUGAAAUGUUUAACAAAAAUAUAGAUCAUAAAGUCGAAGGGGAACAAAAGGUGAUACAACAAGAUGUAGCCAUGGAUGGUAUUAUAAGUAUGCAUGUAAGUGGAGCAAAUCAAAAUGUUCAUAAUAUAAUUAGAACAAAUCACAAUAUUGAUAAAAUAAGUGAAACAAAUCAAAAUGUUCACAAUGCAAUUAGAACAAAUCACAAUAUUGAUAAAAUAAGUGAAACAAAUCAAAAUGUUCAUAAUAUAAUUAGAACAAAUCACAAUAUUGAUAAAAUAAGUGAAACAAAUCAAAAUGUUCAUAAUAUAAUUAGAACAAAUCACAAUAUUGAUAAAAUAAGUGAAACAAAUCAAAAUGUUCAUAAUAUAAUUAGAACAAAUCACAAUAUUGAUAAAAUAAGUGAAACAAAUCAAAAUGUUCAUAAUAUAAUUAGAACAAAUCACAAUAUUGAUAAAAUAAGUGAAACAAAUCAAAAUGUUCAUAAUAUAAUUAGAACAAAUCACAAUAUUGAUAAAAUAAGUGAAACAAAUCAAAAUGUUCACAAUGCAAUUAGAACAAAUGACAAUAUUCAUAAUAUAAUUAGAACAAAUCAACAUAUUCAUAAUGUUAGUAAACCAAAAUUAGACAUACUGUCGGAAGAGAAGAAAAAAGAUAUGGCACACACAAUCCAUGUUUCCAAUAAUAUACAUAUUAAAAAUAGGUACACUCAUAAUUUUGUUCCAUCCAAAAAUGAUUGUAUAAACUUAUGGAAUUAUUCACAUAUUAUUAAUAUAAUAAAAAUAUUAGACAUAAAUAAAUUAUUAUCCAAAAAUUAUAAUAUAAACACGGAAGAAUGUGUAAAGACGUUUUUAAAAUAUAUGUUUGAUUAUUUAUCAAUAUAUUACGAUGAACUAGUAAUAAUUACACAAAAUGAAUUGAAUAGUUUUGUUUCUAUUUAUGUUAAUUUAUCAAUAUUAUUAGACCAGUUGAGAAAUUAUGAAGAAAUAUGUUCUCUUAUUAUUUUUUUUUUAAUUAAUUCUUAUAAACGUAUAUAUGUAUAUUUUAAUGGUUUGAAUAUAAAUAUGAUGAUUAAUUUAAUAAAAGGAAUAUAUCAUCAAAUAUAUAUAUAUUCGAAAAUAUUUGAAGAUAAUAAUUUAUUUUUUGAUAAAUUUAAAAAAGAAUUAAUAACAUUAUAUAAUAAUAUAAAAACGGAUCAUAUGAUAUCUUCAAAUUAUAACAAUAUGUAUGAAUUAAUUAAUACAAACAUGAUAUUUUUAUCAUCAAAUAUAUGUAAUACCAUUUUUGAUAAUCCAUUUAAAAAAGAUACAUAUAUACCACUUAAUAAAUUAAUAACUAUUAUUCAUUAUUUAGAUAAGAUAAAUAAAAUAUGCCUUUCUUAUGAUCAUACAAUAAAUAUAUUUUUACAACAAGAUAUAUUAAAAUGUUUGAAAUUUUGUGAGAAAAUGUUUUUGUCAACAAACCAUAAUUUUUAUGAUGAAAACUUGUCCAAUCAUCAUAUAUUAAUAUUAAUUAAUAUAUAUAUAUAUUAUUAUCAAAAGUUUUUACAUUCUCCAUUUUUAUAUAAGUGUCUACAAUACUUAAGUAAAAAGAAUGAUCUAACUUUGUUUAUUAAUGAAACGGAGAUUAUUAUGUACCUGAACAUAGUGAAGAAACUUAAAGAAAGAAAAAUAAAUAAUAUAAAUGAAAAAUUUAAAAAUAUCCCAAAUCAUUUAAAACAAAUAAAAGAAAUAAAACAAGUAAAAGAAGAUAUAUUAGAAGAUGGAAAUACAAAGAAUAUAUACCAAAUGAUUCAUAAUUAUCAAACUAAUAUUACUUACCAAACAAAAAACCAAGCUGUAACACCAUCCUGCUGUUAUCAUAAUACAUCGCAUAUAAUCUUAAAUACUCAUGAAAAUAUAUAUGAAGAAAAAAAAAAAAAUAAUGUUCUAUUAAAUGAUGAUUUAUAUGAUGAAAUAUUAGAAAGGUAUAUGAAUAAAAUAAUGGACAAUCUUUUUUUUUCUUCUUUUCAAAAAGUAGGAAAGAAAAAAUAUACACAUUGGAAUCUUUCUUCUUCUUUAAUACAAUAUAAUAAAAUAUUAGAAGAGAAUAAAAAGGACAAAACAAUAAAUAAUGAAAAUGAUAUUAUUAAAAUUGAUAACAACAAAAAUGAACAAAGCAUAAAUGUAGAUAAUAUGUAUACAUCAUCUAAAUGUACUAAAUUCCCUUUUAAUAUUCAUGAUUUCAAAAAAUAUUCUAUAAAUAUUUAUUUUUUGGUUUAUGACAAUAUACUUUCAUAUAACAAAAAAAUUAAUAAAGAAGAAAUAGAAAAAAUAUGGAAUAUUUUAGAUAACAUGAUAAAAUAUAAACAAAAUGUUUUAACAGAAGACAAUUUCUAUUAUAUUAUUUCUGCAUUAUUGAAAGCUCAAAAUUUUGAACAUGAAGUGUAUAAAAUGUACUAUGAAUAUAUGAAAAAAUGUGGAUCUUGUAUUAAUAUAAAAUAUGUAUUUUUUAUUAUGAAAAGAAUUUUUGAAGAUACUCCAUACAUAACAUAUAAACAAGAUACAUCAUUAGAUAUUGAUAAAGAGAACAUAUUGAAUAAUUCUAUAAAAAAAUAUAAUAUAGGAUCAACAUAUUAUUAUAAUAUGAAAUGUGAUAAAUAUGGUAAGUGUAAUAAAUAUGAUAAUUAUGAUAAAUAUAAUAUAUUAAAUGAUAUAAUAAAAUUAUCAGAACAAAUUAUAUUAUCCCAUAUACAUUAUAUUAAAAAUUUUACCUUUUUUAAAGAAGUGUUACAUACUUAUAUGAAAAAAGAUAUAUAUAUAAAAUGUUACUUAUUUUAUUAUCCACAUUUCCAUAAUUUUGUGUUAACAUAUUUUCAUAAAUUUUUAACACAUGAUCAAUUCAAUAAAAAUGUUCUAGUUCUUUUAAUAAAUAAUAUUGCUUCCUUUUAUUAUACACUUCAUAAUAAUACUUAUACAUCAUCUUACAUAAUAAGAAAAAAGGACACACAAAGGGAAUAUGAAAAAAUUAUUAAAGAGAAAAAAAUAAUAGAGCACAAUAAUCAAAAAAAUAAGGAAAAAUUAAUAAAUCAUUAUGAAGAUAUAAAUAUAUUAGAUGAGGAAAAUUUUAAAGGAGAUCAUAAAGAUAUAAAAGUUUUAAAAAAAUAUAAAAAUGGUUAUUAUUAUUCAAAAAUAUUUUCAUUAUACCCAUUAGAUCAAAUACAUUUAAAUAUUGAACUAAAGAAAGAAGAGAUGGUUGCAAAAGAUAAAACAAAUCAAGGUAACAUAGGUUCCAAUUUGUUGUUAACCGGUGCCUCAAAAGAUAUAACAUCAUAUAAUUAUUAUAUUGAUACUUAUAUAAAAAUGGAGUUAUUAAAAAAAUUAAAUAUUUUGCUUCCAACUUUAUAUAUAAAAGAAAUAAAAAACAAAAGUCCUCAUGAAAUAAAAUUAUCAAGUAUGAAUAUUAUAGAUAUAUUUGUGUCAUUAAAAAAUGUAAAAAUAAGAAAUGAAGAUAUUAUGUAUAAAUUAAGUCAGAAAUAUAUUAUGGAUAUAUUUUUUCAUAAUAAUAAAGUAAAAUUAGAAUAUCAAAUAAAGUUUCUUAAUUCUCUUACAUUUCUGGAUUAUAUAAAAGAAGCUGAUUUAUUAUUUAAAACUUUUUUUUUUAAAAAAAAUAAAAUAAAUAAAAUACAGAAAGAAGAAAAAAAAAAACAAAAUAAUUAUAACCUUUUAUAUACUCAUUUUUUAAAAAUACCAAUACAUAAUUGUAUAUACAUUCCAAAUAUAUCAUCAUAUAUUUUAAAUUUUAUAUCUAUAUAUGAUUAUUUUGAAAAAAAAGAUCAAUAUGUAAUAUAUAAAAAAUUAUUAUAUUUCCUAGAUGAAUAUUUAAAAUCACAUAAUAAAAUAAAUUCAAUGAAUUCACUUGAUAAACGUAAUAUUAUUCUUAUAAUCAUAUUAUUAUAUAUUUCAUCAUCACCUCUUAAUAUAUUAUCCAUACGAUUACAAACAUUACGUAUAUUUUAUUAUUAUAUAAUACAGUCCAAUUAUUUUUCUAAGCACAACAUAACAUAUUCGUCUUCCACACAUGCUGAUAUUUCUAAAUUUGUUGUAUCCUGUAUAAGGAAACAUUCACCCUAUGUUCAUAUAUGGAAUGAAAUAAAUGUACAUUGUUUUGACGUUGACAUAUUAUUAUAUGGGAAAUAA